GAGUUCGCUCCCAAGUUUGGGGAAUGUGGAAGGCUCCGGGAGCUGAGGCCGGCGCAGAGGCGCUCGGCAGCGCACUCUUCCUGCUGCUUUUCGCGCUGGCGGUCCGCCAGAUGCUGAAGCAAAGGAGGCCGGUGGGCUUCCCCCCGGGGCCGCCGGGGCUGCCGUUUAUCGGCAACAUCUUCUCCCUGGCCGCCUCAGCGGAGCUUCCGCAUGUCUACAUGAGAAGGCAGAGCCAGGCGUACGGCGAGAUUUUCAGUUUGGACCUUGGAGGCAUAUCAGCAGUGGUCCUAAAUGGCUAUGAUAUAGUAAAGGAAUGCCUUGUUCAUCAAAGUGAAAUUUUUGCAGACAGACCAUGCCUUCCUUUAUUCAUGAAGAUGACAAAAAUGGGAGGCUUACUUAAUUCCAGAUAUGGCCAAGGAUGGAUUGAUCACAGAAGAUUAGCUGUGAACAGCUUUCGAUAUUUUGGAUACGGCCAAAAGUCUUUUGAAUCUAAGAUCUUAGAAGAAACCAAAUUUUUCAUUGAUGCUAUUGAAACAUACAAAGGUAGACCUUUUGACUUGAAACACUUAAUAACUAAUGCUGUUUCAAAUAUAACCAAUCUGAUCAUUUUUGGAGAAAGAUUUGCUUAUGAAGACACUGAUUUUCAGCACAUGAUUGAGUUAUUUAGCAAAAAUGUGGAACUAGCUACCAGUGCCUCAGUCUUCCUGUAUAAUGCCUUCCCAUGGAUUGGCCUCUUGCCUUUUGGAAAACAUCAACAGCUGUUUAGAAAUGCAGCUGUGGUCUAUGAUUUUCUCUCCCGACUUGUUGAAAACACUUCAAUCAACAGAAAGCCUCAGUUGCCUCAGCAUUUUAUUGAUGCUUACUUAGAUGAGAUGGAUCAAAGUAAAGAUGACCCAUUAUCUACUUUCUCCAAAGAAAACCUAAUUUUCUCUGUGGGUGAGCUCAUCAUUGCUGGAACUGAAACUACAACCAAUGUGCUACGCUGGGCAAUUCUUUUCAUGGCCCUUUAUCCCAACAUUCAAGGACAAGUUUGGAAAGAGAUUGAUUUAAUUAUUGGCCCCAAUAGACAGCCUUCUUGGGAUGACAAAAGCAAAAUGCCAUAUACUGAAGCAGUUUUGCAUGAAGUUUUAAGAUUCUGUAAUAUAGUUCCACUAGGGAUUUUCCAUGCAACCUCUGAAGAUGCAGCUGUACGUGGUUAUUCUAUUCCAAAAGGCACAACAGUAAUUACAAAUCUUUAUUCUGUACACUUUGAUGAAAAGUACUGGAGAGACCCAGAAGUGUUCUAUCCUGAGCGAUUUCUGGACAGCAGUGGAUAUUUUGUCAAACAGGAAGCUUUGGUUCCUUUUUCCUUAGGGAGAAGACGUUGUCUUGGAGAACAUCUGGCUCGGAUGGAAUUGUUCUUGUUUUUCACAGCAUUACUUCAGCAGUUUCAUUUGCAUUUCCCACUUGAACUCGUUCCAAAUCUGAAGCCCAGGUUAGGUAUGACGUUGCAGCCCCAGCCUUACCUCAUCUGUGCUAAAAGGCGCUGAAAGAGCACUGAAAGUGCACAGAUGUUUUAAGGAGUAAGGGUGUAUCUUUGUCUUAUCCCAAAUCUUAUUUAAUCUAAUCAGUGAGAUGUUUAGGGGAAAAAAGUCACGCUAUCAAAAAACUAAACAGGUAUGUCAUUAAAAAAGAGUACUAGAGGGCCAGGGAUUUAGCUCAAUGGUUUGGUGGCCUGCCUUGCAAGCGCAAGGACCCGAGUUCAAUCCCCGGUACCAAAAAAUAAAAAAGAGUAUGAGAGCAGUAACUAGUACUAGCUAUGAUUUUUUUUUCAAGCUUGUGUAAAUUCUAAGGUACAACUCUUUAUUGAGGAACGUGAAGGUACAAAUGACAGAUGUUGCAUAACAGGCUAAGAAGGGCUAUGGAUGCCCUAAGCACAGCCACGUGCUAAGUAUAAGGUUCCUCUCAUUCCUUUUUGACUCUGACUACCCACUAAGGAAGCUUUGCUUCUAAAUGCCAACUCCUUUUUGACCCAUUAAUCAAAAUCAUUAAUAAACUAUGGUACCAAUCCAGUUUAAUAGAGGACUAAAAGAAAUUAGAAUUCAAAUAAAUUCAUUUGGACUAGAUAUUUUAGAUAUGGUGACUGAUGAUGGAAGAAAUAUAUAUUUAAUAACGGGCCAGCCUUGCUUUCAAAUAUAGCUCUCUGCUAUGUGUUCAUGAGAACUGUAUCAUUAUUUCUAUAAAUGAAGGUCUGUGUAAUUCCUGAGCAUCCAUCCCAAUAGCAGCUCAGUAGAUACAAAAUUAUGGUAAGGUAUUAGAACAAAAAUGACAGCUGGCCAGGGAUUUAACUCUGGUACCACCACCUGCCUCACAAGUACAAGGACCUGAGUUCCAUCUCUGGUACCAAAAAGAAAAAUUACAGAAGGCUAUUGAUUUUUUUUUGUGUGUGUGGGCAUAGACAGCACCACUUUUUGUGGAAUCAGUCACUGUAUUUAAAGAUCCAAUCAUCUUAUUUAGUAGAGGUCUUUCCAUGGGUUAAUGUUUUUCCUAAAGAUAAAAUUCAAAUCCAGAAACAUGUUAUUGAGACAGCAUAAUUGCAUAAAUUUGGAUACUUGAGAGUGAUGGAAUGCUAUUAAAAUUUUUACCUGAACAAAAGGGGAAAAUUGUGAAUCCCCUGAAGAAACUGGAAAAUGUAUUGAGUAUUCAGUCAUUUACAGAUAUUUUUUACAUCAUCAUUUUUUCUGAAGUUAUACAUAAAGGGUUAAUGCUUGUAAUUUGGUUUAUGAGCAGCUAUAGCCUCAGAAUACCUGCACAUAUUAAUGACUUGUAUUAAUAAUAUAGGUUUUACCUUAGGUCAUCCCCAUUUACUGAAUACUGCUGAGUUUCUAUGUUAUAAAAGAGUCUUUGCAUCUCUGGUGUAUUAAGAUUUCUUCAUAUAUAAGAGAAAGAAACCUUUGCAGAUUUUCUUGAAUAAUCAAAGGAAAUUUGGAGGUAAUGUGGACAUUUUAGAGUCUGUUUUGACCAAAAUAGUUUGGCAUAAUCAACGGCACGAUCCCUUCCCAUUCCUCAGUUUUACUGUCCAGAUGAUAUAUCAGCUUUAUCAUAAGUGAGAGUUCAUGUGUUUUGCCCUGCUCCACGUAUAGUGAGCAAUCCCUCUUGGACUGUUUCUAAGACAGAAAGGGAGUUUUUUUAUAUACACUCAAAAAACUAUUCUUUGUGUCCCAGAGGCCAUAUCUGAAUCAUACAUCAACUUAAACCUGUGUUUUGUAAGUGGGAUUAUGACUCCUUUAGGUCUGAAUAUGUAACUAGUGAUGGUGUUAUACUUAAUUGAGAGAGAUUAUAGAGAAUUGCCACCAUUCUGAGCCAAAUUUGAGUCCUUUUAUUGCCAGCAUUCAAGAGUGGCUUGUGCUCCAGUGACAAAAAGCAGCUUCCAGGUUUCUUGUAAGCAGCUGUUCUAGUUUGGGAGGGCUCGGGAAGAAGGGGAGCACAAGUGGAAUUUCACACGAGCAGAACUUUGCUAAGUUAGUUGGGGGUCAGGGAAAGUUUCAUACCAUUUAGUUGAAACAAAAUAUCACACAUGUCAUAUACAAAAUAUCACACACAUCGUAUUCUGUUUACAAGGUUGUAAAGAUAACAUAGCUACAGACUGCUCUACCAAAUGCAGCAGGAUCAACCACGGGGACUCCCAGGAGGGGAGGCAGAGUGACCACCCAGAAUCACUAGACUUUACAUGAAAUGGGGGAAUGGUGAUGAAGCACAAAAUGGAGUCAGGUUGGCUACCACAAUGGAUUGACUUCCCCUCAAAGUACAGGUGCUAUGUAUGGGUGGUAUAAAAAAAAUUAGGAUAAUUAUGAAGAGAAUUAGAAGUCAAAAUAUUUAUAAUACCUACUUCACUUGCUUCUACAUGCUUUCCUGACUAUUGUGAGCCUUGACAAAUGUACUCAUAAUAUGCUCUUUAAUAUUUGUUCUUUCUUUAGCACAACAAAUCUUUCAUCCUUGGGCCGCCUCCUUAAUAUCUUAUCUCAUAGAACAGUAAGCAUCAGCUGAUCUCUUAAGUUCAGGAAUUACAAAGUCUUGGCAGUCCCACUACCCAAUGCAACUUUGUGAACUGAAGUAGAC